CUGGGCCGUGAACUGCCCCCCCCUGGGGUGCCCAUAGCAAUGGCCCCCCCUCGGCUGCAGGCGCUUCUGGGGCGCUGGCGGGAGAAGGUCUUCACCCUCCUGGUGCAGCUGCGGGUGCAGGAGGAGGUGCAGCGGGUGCUGCGGGCGCAGGUGGGGACACUGGGGGCGGCGGUGACAGCGGGGACACGGCGGGUGAGGCGGCUAGAGCUGAGCCUGCGCGAGGGGGCGGCCACCGCUGAGCUGCAGCGGCGGGACAGAGAGCGCCUGGCACAGGAGGUGACACGGCAGCGGGGACGGGCAGAGGCGGCUGAGGAGGCACUGGGAGGACUGGUGCGGGCGGCUGCCAGGCUGGCCGAGGUGGUGACAGCACGCGAGGCUGAGGUGACAGCAGCCACCAGGACCAUGGUCACCCUCAGCGCCCGCCUGCGCCGGGCGGGACAGCGGCUCCGCGUCCUCCAGGGGCUGGUGGCCCCGGCGGUGGCCUUGGACCGGCCGCGGUGGCAGCGGGACCCGACAGGGGACAACCCAGUGGCCAAGGUGACAGACAGCACCCAUCGGCUUGAGGGGACAGUGGCCAAGGUCCGGUGCAGCGCAGUGGCCUUGGGGGCGGCUGAGGAGGUGCCACACAGCGGGGUGACAAAGCAUGAGGUGACGCAGGACGAGGUCAUCCCCCACAAGGACAGGAGGGGACACCCCCCCAGCAGAGCGGCGCUGGGCUCCCUUGUGACUCAGCUGCAGGCCCUGGGCGCCGCCAUCCUCGAGGACAACGGUGACAACCCUGACCCCCCCUUGACCCCACUGCAGACCCAGCCAUCCCAGGAAGCGUUGAGUUGGAUGAGCACAAACCCAUCGCUGAACCUUCAUCCGAUGGAAAGAAUCCACCUAAAAAGUGCAGCGAGUGUCCCCGGGAGCUCCGGUAACACCCGCUGAGGUGUCACCACCCCGGGAGAUGUGGAGAACGACCCCCCCCCAAAAA